GAAGGGCCAGUCAGGAGAGGUGGAAAGCAUCGUCCUCAGCCAUGGAUAUUUAGGCGAAAAUGAAGCCCAGGUGCAGAACCCGGAUGUCCUCAGGUUGGCUGUCCUGCGACCCCGCCAGCUUCCAAGAGGGCCGCUGCGUUGUGCGAAUGGGCGAGAAGCCCACAAGGAGGCGCGCGCGAAGCACUUCCGCCCGGUUCUCCUUCCCGCAGUCUGUGGCGGGGCAAGAUGGCGGCGCUCAGAGCACUGUGCAGCCUCCGGGGCGUCGCGGCCCAAGUGCUGCGGCCCGGGGCUGGGGCCCGACUGCCGAUUCAGCCUAGCAGAGGGGCUCGGCAAUGGCAGCCAGAUGUGGAAUGGGCAGAGCAGUUUGGGGGAGCUGUCAUGUACCCCACUAAGGAAACAGCCCACUGGAAACCUCCACCUUGGAAUGAUGUGGACCCUCCAAAGGACACAUUGGUGUCGAACCUGACCCUGAACUUUGGGCCCCAGCACCCAGCAGCCCAUGGAGUCCUGCGGCUAGUGAUGGAACUGAGUGGGGAGAUGGUGCGGAAGUGCGAUCCUCACAUUGGGCUGCUGCACCGAGGCACUGAGAAGCUCAUUGAAUACAAGACCUAUCUGCAGGCCCUUCCAUACUUUGACCGGCUAGACUAUGUGUCCAUGAUGUGUAACGAACAGGCCUAUUCACUGGCGGUGGAGAAGUUGCUCAACAUCCAGCCUCCUCCUCGGGCACAGUGGAUCCGAGUGCUCUUUGGAGAAAUCACACGACUUUUGAACCACAUCAUGGCUGUGACCACACAUGCCCUGGAUAUCGGGGCCAUGACACCUUUCUUCUGGAUGUUUGAAGAAAGGGAGAAGAUGUUCGAGUUCUAUGAGCGAGUGUCCGGAGCUCGCAUGCAUGCUGCUUACAUCCGUCCAGGAGGCGUGCACCAGGACCUACCCCUUGGGCUUCUGGAUGACAUUUAUGAGUUUUCUAAGAACUUCUCUUUUCGGAUUGAUGAGUUGGAGGAGAUGCUGACCAACAAUAGGAUCUGGCGAAAUCGGACAGUCGACAUUGGGGUUGUCACAGCGGAAGACGCACUUAACUAUGGUUUUAGUGGGGUGAUGCUCCGGGGUUCAGGCAUCCAGUGGGACCUGCGGAAGACCCAGCCCUAUGACGUUUAUGACCAGGUGGAGUUUGAUGUUCCUAUUGGCUCUCGAGGUGACUGCUAUGAUAGGUACCUGUGUCGGGUGGAGGAAAUGCGCCAGUCCCUUCGAAUCAUCUCACAGUGUCUGAACAAGAUGCCUCCCGGGGAGAUCAAGGUUGAUGAUGCCAAAGUGUCUCCACCUAAACGCGCAGAGAUGAAGACUUCUAUGGAGUCACUGAUUCAUCACUUUAAGUUGUAUACUGAGGGCUACCAAGUACCUCCAGGGGCCACAUACACUGCCAUUGAGGCUCCUAAGGGAGAGUUUGGGGUGUACCUGGUGUCUGAUGGCAGCAGCCGCCCUUAUCGAUGCAAGAUCAAAGCUCCUGGUUUUGCUCACUUGGCUGGUUUGGACAAGAUGUCUAAGGGACACAUGUUGGCGGACGUCGUUGCCAUCAUAGGUACCCAAGAUAUUGUGUUUGGAGAAGUAGAUCGGUGAGCAGGGGAGCAGCAUUGGCUCUCCCCACCUACACACUCCAUCUGCGGAGCUUGUCUGUCGUUGGAAGUGGAUGGGACUGUGUAUGUAUGUGUGUAUCCAUGUACAUAAAUGCUUAGCUAUUAGGCUUUCUGUGCAUGUACUGGAAAAGGAGAAAUUAUAAUAAAUUAGCCAUCUUCUGGCCCCAUGCCCAAA